AUGACUGUCUUUCUCAUCUUUGUUUCUUUCUUUUUUCUUUCUUUCUUUCUUUUUUUCUUUCUUUCUUUCUCAUUCUGUUCAUAUCUAUCUAUCUAUCUAUCUAUCUAUCUAUCUAUCUUAUUCUGUUUCUAUCUAUCUUUCUUUUUUAUCUCAUUCCGUUUCUAUCUUUCUUUCUUUUUAUCUCAGUCCUUUUCUAUCUUUUUCUUUCUUUCUUUUUAUCUCAGUCUCUUUCUUUCUUUAUUUCUUUCUUUCUUUUUAUUUCAGCUCCUUUCUUUCUUUCUUUUUUCUCAUUCUGUUCAUAUCUAUCUAUCUAUCUAUCUAUCUAUCUAUCUAUCUAUCUAUCUAUCUUAUUCUGUUAAUUUCUAUCUAUCUUUCUUUUUCAUCUCAGUCCGUUUCUAUCUUUGUUUCUUUCUUUCUUUCUAUCUCAGUCCGUUUCUUUAUUUCUUUCUUUCUUUUUAUUUCAGUUCGUUUCUUUCUUUCUUUUUUCUCAUUCUGUUCAUAUCAUCUAUCUAUCUAUCUAUCUAUCUAUCUAUCUAUCUAUCUAUCUAUCUAUCUUAUUCUGUUCAUUUCUACCUAUCUUUCUUUCUUUCUUUCUUUUUAUCUCAGUCCGUUGCUAUCUAUCUUUCUUUUUAUCUCAGUCCGUUUCUUUCUUUCUUUCUUUCUUUCUUUCUUUCUUUCUUUCUUUCUUUCUUUCUUUCUUUCUCAUUCUGUUCACAUCUAUCUAUCUAUCUAUCUAUCUAUCUAUCUAUCUAUCUAUCAUUAAUAUAA